AUGGAGGGCGCCCCGGGGGCAAGUGAUAUCAUCCGCUUAGCCCCUACGUCACACCCAUGGAUCCCUCCCCUAGCCAUUCGGUAUAUAACCCCCUCCUCCUCGUACAUCGAUCUUUAUAUCUUCCAUUACCUGCACAAAUUCCCUUUCCAACAAAUCACACAACAGCCCCAUUCAUCGAACAUGCCCCUCUUCGGAAAGAAGCACGACAACAAGGCCGCUGACGCCGUCCGCGAUGAGCAUCAUGCUCCCGGCGUCGGUACUGGCACUGGCGCCGGCCUGUCCCAGUCCACCGACUACGCCAAUACGGGCGUCGCUGGUGCCAACCGCGGAAUGGGCGGCGGCCCAAUGCAAGGCGGCUACGACAAUUCCACACCUAUGAACCAAGGUCAAGGCUAUGCCGAUCCCAACGUCCCCGGCACAGGCGGCGGCAUGGGCGCCGCCCACCAGCAACACCCGGCCCAACAGCACGUGGGACGCAGCCAGCAGUUCGACAACGCGUCUUCGGGCGCCGGCACUGGCGGCGGUCUCCCACCGUCCAACAGCCUCAACCAGCAGCCCGGCCAGGCGCACGGCAACACCAGCGGCCGCAUGACAAGUAAAGUCGAGCACGCCGUCGGCUCCCUCGUCGGCAGCAAUAAACUCAAAGAGCGCGCAGCCGAGAAGGAAAUGGAAGCGAACGCGUAUAAGGCGCAGAGCUCGGAGCUGGCCGAGGCGGAGCGGCUCGAGCGCGAGGCGAUGCUGCGGCGCGAACGCGCGGUCGCUCAUGGUGCACAUCCCGACAACAGGCACCUCGGCGGCCCUGGCUCGUCUGGAGUGCUUUGA